CACAACUGCGGGUGUGUGCGUUUUUGAUUAUUAUUUUAUUAACAAAAAACAAACGAAGCAGCACCAAAGUGACCCAGAAAUAUGAGCGAAUCGGUUGCAGAAACUGCAGCGACGGCGGAAAGUGAAGAGCAGGCCGACGACACCAUGGAAAAGCUGGAGCUGAACGAGGAAGACGAAAAGAAUGUGUCUGCAGAAGAUUUGCUCGGUGGCAAGAGUUUGAUGAUGUCGGACGACAGCGAAGGCGAGGAUAUAGCAAGGAAAGUAUCUCCGAAGGCCAGGCGCCAGCGGAGGCUGCUUAGCGAUGAUGGAGAGGAUGCGGGCGAUGCGAAUAUGGAGCCGGAGCAGCAGAACGUGAAGGUGGAACCAAACGAUGAGGCAGCGGCUACCAAACCCAAAAAGAAAAUAUCUGCCAUCAUAGACACAGACAGUGAGGAGGAGCCACAGGAGAAUGAGGAAAUUAAACCCGAUCCGGAGACUCCGCCCAAGAAAAUCACAAAUACCAAACUCAAGGGUUGGGUGGACACGGACUCCGAGCCAGACGAUCAAACAUCACCAAAACAUAAUACGAAAAACACAAUAAAGGUGACCAAGAAACAAGUUAAAAGAUUGUCCGACGAGGAGGACCAGGAGAACAAGGAGAAACCUUCCAAGAAGAAAAAGAAAAAGAAGCAGCGAAUGGACAGUAAUAGCGAACAAGAGGACCACAAAGGUAUGUGCGACGAAGAAACCAGCCCCGUGACCAGCAAACUCAAGGGCUUGGUGGACUCGGAAUCCGAAGCGGAGUUAAGCAGUCCAGAGAAGUCAGCAAGAGACCAGGAAGCACCCACUGAAGCACUCUCAGGGAAACCCAAGAAGCCAAAAGUUGUGCGCGAAUCAGCUAAGAAAGCCCUGCAGGGUAUGCAGGCCAUACAGAGCGAGCAACAACGUCUGCACCGCGAGGCCCACAUAAAUGUGCCCUACCAUCAGCCGAAGCCCAGGACGCUGAAGGAGUUCCUUGCUCGACGCACCAUAAACGAGCCUCUGGCUACCGCCUUGGCCGGUGGCAGUCCCAUGCCCAACAAACAGCCCAGAAAGCCGGUGGGCUUGCGUAUGGCCAGCGAGGACUUGGAAGCCUUUGCGAAACUAAUGGAGGCGCGAGCCCAGGAGGCCACAGAGUUUUUCAAAUCCGAAUCCGAGCCGGACGAGGAGGAGGAAAGUGAACCAGAAAACAAUGGAGAGGAACCACCCUUGGAAUUGAAAGACAAUCCAGGUGUUAUUGAUGAUGUACCAGAGAUCCAAGAAGAACCCAACGUGCAGUCAGAAGAGCUAGCCAGCGAACAAAUGGAGGAGAAUGCUCUUACAGAAGAAGAGCCCAUUGCUUCCACUUCAGCUGCAGCAGGUCUGAAGGAAUUCCGAGCGGAAGGUGAGCAGAAAUCUCCUGCUAAGAUCGUUCUCGUUACGGAGGUGGUGGAGUUGCCCAAGCUGGACUUGAGUACCAUCAACAAAACGCCGCCUUCCAAGCCGGCAACGCCAAAAAUAAGCGAAGCAAUUCGGCGGCUGAAGGUCGAGAAGAGCACGGAUGUGAGCCCCUCGUUGAAGGGCGAUGCCAGCAUGGUAAUUGACCUGGAAACGGGUGAUAUGUUCGCCAAGAAGCCAACUGGAGUGGAUGAUUUGUUGCAGCGCCUAAUGAAGACGCGUGAGGCCAAAAAGCACAAGGCCUCCGAGACAGUCAACAUUCUAACCACCGAGCACGGAAAACUGGAGAUGUCCAAGGUUAAUUUCCAUGCGCACGAGGAGGAGCCCGUGAGUAAGGAACCCAAGCCAGGAGCGGGGUAUAAAAAAAUGCAGGAGCACCUUAAGACUUUGAUCACCAAGAAACGAUUGGAAGAGCUGCGAAAGAGGCAAGCUGAGGAAGAACAGGAACGGGCUGCCGACGAUGAAGACAUGGAAGUGGAUGAGGAUGAAGAGUACGAGCCGGAAAAUAAGCCUGUCCACGCCGAGGUGACCAUUAACGAUGAGGAAGAGAUCUUAGAGGAAGGCCACGACCUAAUUGAUGAAGAUGCAGAAGAGAUGGUCGAUGUAGGUGAAGAUCAAGAAGAGAAUAUAGAAGAAGUAGAGGAAAAGAGUAGUGAUAGUGAAGAGGAAAGCGAAGCAGAACCAGAGGCAGAGCCGCAAAUGGGACGUAAAAAGAAUAGAAUAAUAAAGGCCUUCCAGGACGACGACAACUCCGACGACGAUGAUUUGGACCUGCUACAAACCCCCAAGCCAAGCGGUGCUCCCCCCAUCACAGCCACCCAACUGCAACUCUCUGCCAACAAGCUCUUCGACACGGAGACUCAUCGCACAGCCAGCGAUGAGGAGAACGAGCUGCUUGACCUUUGCUCCGGCCAGUUUCCGCAGACCCAAAUGCACUCCUCUGCCGCACCCUCUGUGGACACGGCUGUGAUCAGUCAAAUUCCAAUGACACAAUUGGGAGAAAGUAGCCAAGACGCGCCCGAAGAACUUGAGUCCCUCUGUUCUGGCACUUUUGCAACACAGUUGCCAACGCAAAAGCAGGAACCCCUGUCGGAUUUCCAACCGGCCUCUGAGGUAGCUAACAAAAUCCUUUCCAGCGAUGAGGAGGAGAUCAAGGAGGACGUCCAAAAUGCAGAAAAGCCGCGUAAGAAGAAGCUCACCAAGAAGAGGCAGAAGAAAAAAGCCAAAUUGGGCUUCUCCGAUGACGAGGAAAGCGACGAAGAGGAGUUUGAGGAGGAAAGCGACGAAGAACCAGCAGAGGAUAUACCGGAAACCUUUGUGGACUACGACUCCGAGGAGAACGAAAUCGUUGUGGAGAUGAACAAGAAGGAACGCAAAAUACGCGCCGCCAACUUUGUGGAGAAAGAAGCUGAACUAUCGGAGUCCGAGUGGGGGUCAGCCGAUGAGGACGAGAAGAACAUGGAUACCUAUGACAUAGAGUUGGGCGAUGAGGAUCAGUUCGACCGAGAGAAGCUGCGUAACGAGCUGGGGCAGAUACAUGCACGGAAAAUGCUGGACCAGGACAUUCGAGAGGUACGCAAGAUCCAGGAGAUGCUGUUCGAGGACGAGGAGGGCGCAGUGCGUCAGCGUCAGUUCCGCUGGAAGAAUGCAGAGAACGGCUUCAGUCUGGAAGAUCAGCGUCUGGAGAAUGGCGAGGCCAACGAGGGCAGCGGCGAUGAGGAGAAUGAGCACCUAUGGCGUAAAAUCCGCUACGAGCGCGAGCAGCUGCUCUUGGAGAAGGGUCUAAAAGCGGAGGCCGCCUCGCCCCUGUCUACGUCCAUGAUGAACAGCAGCGCUACUCCUGGUAGCUCCAUUCGCCGACUGAACAUAAUUACGGCCAAAAAGACAACGGUAGAGGUGAAAAAGAGUUCCCCAUUCCUGAUCUCAAAAACCGUCACUGGCAACAAGCUGCAGCAGAAAAGCGCAGUACGUGGAUCUUUCUUGGUCCGAGAUCAGGAGACGCUCACCAAGCUGGCAGCAGGACUCACCAAGGGAUCAUCUGUCGAUGCAAGCGGUGAGGCGAGCACGGUUUCCGUGAAAACAGCCAAGGCCAAGAACUUUGUCUUUGCCACUCUCACGGAGGAGGAACAUGAGAAUCAAAAACGUAAGGCUGCCGACUUACUCAACAGUAGCAGUGAAACGGGAGUAAAUUUCAUGAAGAAACCUAAACUGGAGCCCCGCAGAGACAAGUGCCUUAUUGAUCAGUUGCUUUAAGAUUACUCUAUUUUUAAUAUUUAGCCACGUCUAAGUUGUAUAUUAAAAUAGGAGACCUCGUACGUAAGUUAAUAUAAUUAAAUAUAUAACUAAGAAUAAUUUUGUAAAGGCAUAAUAUGGUAUAUUAUAGCUUAAGUGGGAAUUCGAUUGAAAACAAUUUAUAAUUAGCAGUAAAUAAAACA